CUUGAAAUCAAGUGUCAAGGACAAUUUCACCUUACAACAACAUAAUGCUUGAAAUCUCAUUUCGACAAUCCAAUAACGAGAAGUUGAAAAACAAAUAUUUGCAGGAAAAUAGAGUCCAGUCAGUUAGAGGAGGAAAGGACUACAAACUUUCUGACGAAGCCAAGAAAUAUCUUAAAGGAAAAGGAACUACAGAUAAAUCAGUCGGCUUCUUCAAGAGACUCUUCUGGUGCUGUGGUAAGAGGACCAGAGGAAGCAAAAGCCGUGAAAGAGACAUCAAGAAAGCUAAGAAAAAGAAAAAGAUCUCUACUUUCGAUGAGGAAGAGAAAACCACUAAGAAAAAGAAGAAGGAAAGAAAUUCUUCUGAAGAUGAUGAGAGUGAAAACAAAGAAGGCGGAAGUACCAAACCAAACUCAGGAGAUAAGGAGCAUAAAGAUCCUGAUAUGGAUAUUGAGGAUCAGAAGUCAAGUACAAAGAUUCCUGUUGAGAAGAUUAAGGAGAGUAUGGCUGAAAUGGUAAAGGAGGCUGAAUCUCAGGAAACAAAUCCACUCGAUUAUCGGUUCAGAAAGAUCAUAAACCUUAGCAAAGCUGAUAAGAAGACUAAAGAUGAAAAUAAAAGCGAGGACGAAGAAAAUAGCCAAAAUGAUAGAGAAAGUGAAAGUGGGGCUAGUCAAAGUGAGAACAAAGACAUAAGUGAAGAAGGAAACAGCCCUUCAAAACCUAAAAAUUCUACAAUACAGAAUACUCGGACUAAGGAUGCAAAGAUCAAAGAAAAAUCGACUAUUCAUUUUGAGCCUACUUUUUGGCCUUCUAAAUCACAACGAUAUUUCACUCUUGAAGAGUGUCUUGACUACUACACGGAGUUAGAGCUCCUAAAUGACAGGAAGAACCUGUACCAAUGAGAGAAUUGCACUCUUUUAAAAUAUGGAAAAAAAUCUAAGAGGAAGUUUGAGUCUCCAGCGAUUAAGAGGAGUAUGAUUCUUGAAUUACCUUGCAACCUGAUUAUCAAUCUCAAGAGGUUUACUCACGGAUUCAUGUCUUUCCAGAAAUCAAGGAAGACUGUUCUAUAUCCUCUGUUUUUGAAGAUGGAUAAGUACACAAUAGAGGAAUGUGAUAAGGAUGAUGAGGAAAGGUACACAAAGUAUUCAAAUACUACAAUAAAAGAACCGUGGAAGCACAAACAUAUCUAUGAGCUCUAUGGGAUAGUCACUCAUAGCGGUAGUAUGUCAGGGGGGCACUAUAUAGCAUUUGUCUGAUACAAACUUGGCAAGGAUAGAAAUUGGUUCUACUGAAGUGAUAGUUCCGUCAGAAAAGUCUCAGAAAAGGUAGCUUUGGAUGCAGAGGCAUACAUUCUUUUCUACAGGAGAGUGACCUAAUUAACUUCCCUCGUCACCAAAUUUUCAUAAAACUUAGGAAAUGAACUAAAUUAACCUUUCUUUCUUAAUUCUCCAUUUUAAUA